AUGGUUGCAGAGAUGAACAACAAAUUUGAGGCUUUGAAAAUUGAAGACAGUGAAGAUGAAAGUCAGGAAAAAAGCUAUAAGAACGGUAAAAUACCAGUUAAAAAAUGUGUGAAACCUGGUCCCGGUGAACAUCAGCUGCAAUUCAACUAUUCUCUGUGGUUUUCUCGACGUUCACCUGGUAAACAAACACAGAAUUAUGUUCAAAAUCUCAAAUAUAUUACCACGUUUGCAUCAGUGGAACAGUUCUGGGCCUUUUACAGUCAUUUAGUACGACCAACAGAAUUAUCCGGACACAGUGAUUACCACAUAUUCAAAGAUGGUAUACGGCCAAUGUGGGAGGAUUCAGCUAAUAAAGAUGGUGGUAAAUGGAUAAUCCGACUAAAAAAAGGAUUAGCAGCACGAUGUUGGGAAAAUUUAAUAUUAGCCAUGUUGGGAGAACAGUUUAUGGUCGGAGAGGAAAUCUGUGGAGCAGUCCUUUCUGUCCGCUAUCAGGAGGACAUCUUGUCAUUAUGGAACCGAACAGCCAAUGACACAGUGACAACAUCACGAAUACGAGACACAUUGAAGCGAGUCCUCAACUUACCACCAAACACCAUCAUAGAAUACAAAAUGCAUGUUGACAGUAUAAAAUCUGUUCAGCACCUGAGAAAACUAAAUCCUAAUAGUUGA